AUGACACUACCUACGACGCCCGGAGACAUGAUUGGGUAUUCGAUCAGAUAUUUGAUUCUCUUAAUUCUCGUCGGUAUCCCUGUCGAGAGCCACAGCUGGGUUGAAGAAGCGGUGGUGGUCGACGAGCAUGGUCAGCGAAUCGGUCCUCUUGGCUACGCGAGAUGCAAUGUGUUUCGCAUUCCCGGGGUUGAUGUUGACCAGGAAAUGACUUACAAGCUUCCCCAAGCACCCAAGUCGCAAGUGACCAGUACUGACAACAUCUGCAGUGAUCGACAAGCACAACUAGUCACGGCACUAGCACUGCAGGCCGCACCGGGUGAUGUUGUCUCACUCCGGUAUCAAGAGAAUGGCCAUAUCGCGCUACCCGAGGCUUCCCCGGGCAAGCCUGAUUCUGGUGUCGUUUUUGUUUACGGGACGUGGCAUCCGGUACCCUCGGCAAAAUUCCGAGAUAUUCACCGCGUUUGGGGCACUCUGGAGCCUGGAUCGAACGAAGAGGAGUUUCUCCUGACACGGUCCGCUUUCGACGACGGACAGUGUUAUCAGGUCAACGAGGGUCAGAUUUCCAGGCUUCGUCAAGCCACCUUCCCUCACGAGAGCAGCCCUCCCGAGGGUGAGAACAAGUGGUGCGCGACAAAUUUCACUGUGCCAAGAUGGCAUACAUGCAGAUCAGCAUCAGGAGCACCGUCCUCUAUUUUGACCGUUUACUGGAUAUGGGAUUGGCCAGGCAGUCCUGGAAACUCGUCCGCGGAGCAGUACUACACCACAUGUUUGGAUGUUAUUGUCUCAGGGUGA